AUGCCUGCUCAGCGCGUCAUCCUAGUAACCGGUGCCUCCGGUGGUAUUGGUAGAGCCUCUUCCAUCGCCUUGUCAAACGCCUUCCCUUCACCAUCUCAUCCUGAAGAGCUUGUCCUAGUUCUUGUAGGGCGUAGGCACGCAGAGCUCGAAGCGACAGCCAAACAGGUCAGAGAAGGCACGACAACGGAGAUUGCGGUUGGUGAUGCGAGUAACGAAGAGGACGUCAAGAGGAUUCUCGAGACAGUCAGUGAGAAAUAUGGGAGACUCGACCUCUUAUUCAACAACGCGGGCAUCAACGAGAAAUCUGACGGGGGCUUCGAAGAUCAGGACAUGGAAGUCUCUGUAAGGGUGCUGGAUAUCAACAUCAUGUCUGCAUUUACAAAAUACGCUUUCCAUGUCAUGAAGGCCCAAGAGCCGCAAGGAGGACGCAUCAUCAAUAAUGGAAGCAUCUCAGCCUCCGCUCCCCGACCAAACAACACUGCCUACACUCUCUCGAAACACGCCAUCCACGGUCUCACCCGCUCAACAUCUCUCGACGGACGCAAGUACCACAUCACCUGUACUGAGCUUGACAUCGGUAAUGCUGCCACCUCUCUUGGGUCGCAUGUGACGGCGGGGUCUCUUCAGGCCGAUGGCAGCAAGAAAGUCGAGCCCACAAUGCAUGUUGACAACGUGGCCAACACGGUCGCAUUCAUCGCUGGACUGCCCCGAGAGGCUGAUAUCCUGAGCCUUGAGAUCAUGCAAGCCUCCUAA